UUGAUCGACACGUGCACAACACGUUAAAACCAUCAUUACCAACCAAAAUAAGAAGAAAAAGAAAGAACGAAAGAAAAACCCUAGCUGCAGAUUUCGACCUCCAUUUUCACUUCAAACGAUUUAACUAUUCCACAUAGUAAAAAAUUCGCCCUAAUCUUCCCAUCGUCUCGAGGUUAACCCGAGAAUUCAUCUUUGAAGGGCUUAAUCGGUUCACAUUGUGCAAUUUCUUUGUGUGAAGAGAGUUUCAUGAUUAAUAGUUGAUCGGAGUCAUUUCACAGUCACCUGCACAAUCAAACUUGUAAUAUUGUGGCCGUAUCUAUAUAAAUACGUACACGUAUACGUACACAUUCGCCAUUUUCUGCAUAAAGUCGUAACAGUUUCUAGGCUUUCCCUUGUUGUUGGCUUCAAGUUUGAUCAGGGCAACUAGGUCUGAUGAAGCCCUCUUCAUAAAAAAGAUGCUUGUAGUAUUGUUAUCUGAAUUUGGUAAUUUGGUAAUGUGGAGUGCAUCAGUAAGAGUUUCUACUAUCGUUGUUCUCCCAUUACUUCAAUAUUGAAAUCAAAGGCACAGGGUGAUUUGGGAACUUGAGUUUCAUAAGGCACAUGGCUAUUGUCAAACCAGAGAUGAAGUCUUUCAUCUGGCUAGAAACUCCUGAUGGUUCAACUCAACAAGUGGAGGAAGAAGUUGCAAUGUUUUGUCCAAUGAUAUGCAGAGAAGUCCUUCAAACAGGCAUGGGGUCCUCUAAAAACUAUGCUAUAAAACUUCCUCAACGAGUCACUACACCUGUCUUGGGCUUAAUACUUGACUAUUGUCGCUUUCAUCAAGUGCAAGGGAGAUCUAAUAAGGAGAGGAAAAGUUUUGAUGAAAAGUUGAUACGAUUGGAUACAAAAAAGUUAUGCGAAUUGACAUCUGGCGCGGAUAGUCUCCAGCUAAGACCACUGGUUGACCUCACAAGCCGUGCACUUGCUCGCAUGAUAGAAGGCAAAACUCCUGAAGAAAUACGUCACACUUUUCAUCUCCCUGAUGAUCUUACAGAGGAAGAGAAGUUGGAACCUUUGAGAAUCAGGACCAACGAUCCACGGAUCCGUCUCUUAAAUAGGUUAUAUGCAAGAAAGAGAAAAGAAUUAAAAAUCAGAGAAAAAGCAAAGUGUAUGCUUGAAAAUGUUGAAGUUGAAGAGGAGCAUGAGCAUGUUGAUGAUCGCUCUGUUGAUGAUCUCUUGUUAUUCAUAAACAGCGGAGAUGAAAAAGAUUCCAAAGGUGUUAAAUCAUCUGCUUCUGGUGCUCCCAAGAACAAAAAGAAAAACCGUAGGAGAAAGGAUCAUCCCAAGGGCCUUCACAUCAUUGAGAAUGGGAAUCAUAAAAAGGAAACAGAUAGUUUGUGUUCGUCUGCGUCUAGUCCAAGUAAAAUUUCAAAGCUGCUAGAAUCUGAUUCUCCUACGGCUAUUAUGCAUUCUUCCGACUUUGAUUUUGAUGAUGAGUUGGAUCCUGCAAUGAAGGAACAACUUGACAGGGAAGUAGAGGAUUUUGCUAGAAGACUAAACUCUGUUUGGCCAAAAAGAGUGUCGGGGACAGGGAUGGGAUCAUUGGGCCAUGACAGGCGCAUUGCAUUUGCACCGCUGUCUAGAAGUAGCUAAACAUCAUAAGCAUAAACACAUCGUCAUCCUAUCAUCUCAUGUCUUCUCUUCUACACUUUACAAACAUAAUGUUCAAAACUUUCCUUCUUAAGAUUUGGAUAGAGAAAGAAAAAAGGAAAAUGGAAAAAGGAAAAGGAAGCCUUUAUCAAUAUCUUCUUAAAUCACAAAA